AUGCGCGACAAGGCCCGCCGCUCAAAGUCUGAGCGGAAGCCUGAUCAUGACCGCCCCCACCGCUCUUCGAAAUCCGCUCGCAGCUCCAGCGACACCCAUUCCCUCACCUCGUCCACCAGGCGACACCGCAAGAGAGACGACAGGGACCGGGACCGAGAUCGGGAUCGGGAUCGCGAGAGGGACAGAGACAGAGAUAGGGAAAAGGACAAGCUCCCUCCGCGCCCGGCCUCCAUGUCCGACCUGGGCGUCGACGAAAUGUCCAGGCUGUCCAUCGACAAGGACCGCAUCUCGCUGCCCUACCCGUCCUUUGACAAGGCGCACAGCAAAGAGUCCAUCGUCAGCCGCGAGGAGCUUGCCAUUCCGACAUCUCAAUCCAAAGCCUCCAACCCGUUGACGCCUGAGCCCACCGACGUUGGCGGUGGCGCUGGAGGUGCUGGCGCUGGAGACGAGCGUCGAUCGAGGGCCAGCGAGGACCUCCGUCGAUCGGGCUCGAAGAAGGCUUCCCGACCGCCAACGCCCCCCGAAACAGACGUCUCUAACGCCAAGAAGCGUGCCGAGGACCUGGAGCGCGGACACAAGUCGACGCCUUCGCGGUCAGCCUCGCGUGCUGCCGACGAGAAGUCCUCAAAGCUCAGCCGCCGCUCAUCGACCAGCGCGGCCACCCUGAUACGCUCGCCCACCAACAAGAUACACGACAAGCUGCGGUCCUCUGUGCUUUCCCGCUCCUCGAGCUCCGCCUCGCGCCACACCACAAAGCGGUCCUCGUCGACUCGCAGCGUCAGGAAAAGCAAACCGGAGCCGCUGCAUGUCGACUCCUCUCCAUCCAGCGCCCAGGACUCAUCCCCCAAAACGCCCACCCAAGCCCAUCAGUUCUCUCCCCAUCUCUACGCCGACUCGAAGCGAUCUCGCACCCCCGCCUCUGGCAUUGACGGUGACGACUAUGCGUCCACCAUCAACUCGGGCACCGCCACGCCCGCCAUGAAGGCGCCCACGCAUCCUCCGCCUCCUAUCCCUCCGCCGCCUCCGCCUCCGCCCCCGGCUGUCGACGUCCUCGAGGUCCCCAGGGUCGAUUAUCUGCUGCAAAACGGCGGCCUCCCCCAACCAGUUACAAGGCACUUUCUCUCGGUGCUGCCCCUUGUCAACGGCACCUCGAGGCCUUCCGAUACCGCCCUCGGUGGCGCCGAGUCACUGUUUACGCCGUUUGUCAACCUUCUAAACCAGUAUCAAACCGUUCUCUCCAAGCAGGGCUCCGUUGCAGUGGCCACCGGCCAUCGGUCAGUCGCUCGCCGCCUGCUCGACCGGCUCGAGAACGUCUUUUCUCGAGAUCUGCCGCCUCACGGCUGCUCCUGCAUCAUCUGCGAGAAGUCCAACGAACCGCAUCGUGGCCUCAACUGGGGAGACGUUCUCGAAUGGGUCAGCGGCCGCAUUGAGCUCCCAUCGUGGCCGCCCUUUGACUUGGCAGACAUUGGCACCAAGGCGGCCGAGGUCUCUGGCGAGAUGCCACCGAGGCCUGAUUCCCCCAUCCAGCUGGAUCCUGAUAUUGCCGAGGAGUUCAGAGAGCAUUACCUGCGACAGUCGAAAAAGGUCCGAUCCGCCGUCGACAGGUGGCUGAACAGCACGGCCGAGACACCUGUGCCGCCGCCCCAAGAGGUUGACGACGAGACGCUGAGCUUCGCCAUCCUGACCAACCUCGAUCCCGCAGACCGGCCCUUCUUCAACGCCCUCCUCGCCGGAUCAAAGGAGCUGAGGCCGGCAACUCGCGCCCCGACUCCUCUAAACCGACCGCGCAACGACUUCAUCGUCAAGACGGGUCUCUCACUGCAGCGGCUGUACCGCCUUCAACAAGUACCUCGAGACGCGGAGAGCGCGACUUAUCUCAUCAAGAAUCCCCAUACCCACGACCUGCUCGUCACCUUGUCCAACAUUAAGACUCAGGAAUGGGAGAUACUGACAUCCGGUCGCUUUGACGGAUUCCUGUGGUCCGGCGCUGAUGGUGACGACUUUGGCGGAGUCGAGUCGAGGGGCCCGACACCAUUCCGAGGCCCUUCGGCCAUGGGAUCGCGAACCACCACGCCUUUUUCCCCGUAUUCGCGCGGCGCCACUCCGGCGUCCUUCAUCAGCCUUACGUCUACGGGUGUGGGCGGCAGCCGGCCUCCUGUGUCCAACGACGAAGAGAUGGAGAUGGCGGCCAUUGCCGAGAUUGAGCGCGAGAUCUACCAGGGCAUGGAGGCGCUGGAGGAUGCAUUUGAGAAGCUGCACCACCAGGCGGAGACGGUCCGGACGGCCCUGCGACAGCGCGGCGCUGGGCUUAUGCAGAAUCUCCAGAACCGACGACGCAUCGACGUGCUCUCGAUCCCAGGUUCGGGCAACUCCCAAAACUCGGGCUACGAGCGACCCGCGUGGGCCGGAAGCGAUGCCGAGAAUGCCAGUGACGAUGACUGGCAGAUGGAAGAAUACGACCUUUAUCCCGAUGACUCGGCCAGCAACAUUAGUAGCAGCCGGCAUAGGCGACCCAAGAGGCGUGUUGAGCGUCGCACCCCGGCGCCCAUCGAGGAGGAAGAGGAGUAG